AUGGCUGAAGGUCCUUACCUCCCCAGCUCAGCGCACACCACUAUGGAGGCUAUGCAUUCUGGCCUACCGACGCCAGGAUUGGCUACCUCCCACUCCUCUGACCUACAAUAUGGUGUUUCAGGCUUGGUGGAUGUGUACAGUGGCGGGCUGCAAACCGUAGGCAGCGAUGAUGGAUAUUCCCACAUCACCUACACAAGCUCCAUGUCCAUGUUUCCACCACAUACUUCGACGACAGCUGAGUUCGCGCCACCUGCAUACGUUUUCAAAGGCGUAGAACCGCCGCUGCAGCCGUUGAACGCGAUCGGAGCGUAUGAAUCGCUUCUACCGGCCCGACCCCAUAGCAGCCCCAGCACUUUCGGACCAAGUCAAGAAGAAAUUGUAUGGCAAGGCGACCCCUCCAAGUCUCCGUAUUCGAAGACUCCCCUCACUCGUGUGCCAACAUUUCCAACCGGCGAAGGAUCCGCCUUUGGAUUUACCUUACCGGUGUCACGCGAAUCAUCUCCUAUGAGCCGAGAACAUCGGCAUUCGGGUUCAAUCUCAUCCGUUACCGAACUCUACAACCCACAACCGCGUCGCGCAUAUGCUCAUAUCGCACCCAACCCGAACGGUCUGCAGCAGCUCCAUGCACGCAAGCGAAAAGCCAGUGUCGACGAGUACGAUUCCCCGCCGGUGAAGCGCAAGCGGCAAACUCCUCCCCCACUGGCCGGAGACAUGACCGAGGAGGAUAGGUUGCUUGUGAAGCUCAAAGACGAGGAUGGGCUCGCAUGGAAAGACAUCGCGGCUCGGUUUCAUAGCGAAUUCGGCAAGCUGUACCAAGUUCCGGCUCUACAAAUGCGGUUGAAACGACUCCGUGAAAAGAUGCGGUUAUGGACUGACGUGGACCUUCAUGCUUUACGCAUGGCAUAUGAGUACUGGGAGAGGAACAAGUUUGAGAUCAUCAGCGCCAAGAUGGCGGAAUUCGGUGCGAUGGAGAAAUGGACGCCAAAGCAGUGCAGCCGAAAAUGGCAUUCGAUCCAGACCGGUUCUGACUAUCCAAGUGCCAUACAAACCCCGGCUUUCUCGUACACUUCUAGCCCCACGGACGGGCAACCACCGGCCGUUUUCGCGCCUUUUAUCGGCAUGACGCCUGCGUGA